AGUUUCGGGAAGCUGCUACUGGUGAUUGCUGCGCAUUUGCAUCAGAGAGCGUGCUGCUGUGUGUGUCCGGGUGAGUGUCACGCUCUGGUACUAGAGUGCUGCUGUUAGCUGUGCUACGCAAAUUUUCCAGAUCAUCGAACUACAGAAAACCAGCACAAUGUUAGCCGCCAGGCUGGCAUGCCUUAGCAGUAUUCCUUCCCUUGUCCGCCCAGCACUGACUCGGGCCUCUCCAGUGCUGAGAAAUACCACACUGACCAGUAAGCAAUGUCUCUUGCAGCCUAACCAGGGUUAUGCCACAAAAACAAACUUUGGAUUCCGCCGUGUUAAGACAGCUCGUGAAGAGGUUAAGAAAGCAGCACUUGAGCCAUCAAUAGGAAUAGCAGCUCGUAUUCAUGAAUCGGGAAGACUAUUUGUCGCUGGAAGUGCUGUGGUCGGUCUUGGUGCAUUGUGUUACUAUGGAUUGGGAAUGUCUAAUGAAUACGGUGCGAUUGAGAAAGCCGUUGUUUGGCCCCAGUAUGUGAGAGAUAGAAUUCGGUCUACUUACAUGUACUUUGCUGGCAGCAUCAGCCUUACAGCCUUGUCUGCUGUUGCUGUAAGUAGGACUCCUGCCAUCAUGAGCCUGAUGAUGAGAGGAUCUUGGUUGGCUAUUGGAGCAACCUUUGCGGCAAUGAUUGGAGCUGGUUUACUGGUCAGAUCAAUUUCAUAUGAUCAAAGUCCUGGAGCUAAACAUUUGGCUUGGAUGUUGCAUGCAGGUGUGAUGGGUGCAGUAAUUGCCCCAUUAACUUUACUUGGCGGUCCUCUGCUUAUUAAAGCUGCCUGGUACACAGCAGGUAUUGUAGGUGGUCUGUCAACUGUAGCAAUGUGUGCACCAAGUGAGAAGUUUCUAAACAUGGGAGCACCGUUAGGAGUUGGCCUAGGCCUUGUUUUGGCGUCCUCUAUUGGGAGCUCGUUCCUUCCUCCAACAUCUGCAUUUGGUGCUGGACUCUAUUCUAUUGCUAUUUAUGGCGGUCUAGUUCUUUUUGGAUUUCUCCUUUUAGCUGACACACAGAGAGUCAUGAAACAAGCUGAGACCACUCCCAUGUAUGGAAUGGGGAAGUUUGAUCCUAUCAAUUCGUGUUUGCAAAUUUACACGGACACUCUGAACAUUUUUAUCCGUGUGGCCAUGAUGCUGGCUGGAGGUGGAAACAAGAAGAAAUAAAUCUGGGCAGCGCUCGUAAUCUCUUAUUUGCAUGGAGAACAGUGCUUACUUCAUGGACAAUAAAUACAUGUUGAGCUAAACCUCCUAAUCUAUCUUGUUUAUAUUGUGCCAUAGAAGCAGAAUAAAGUUCAUAGUCUGUUAA